AGGCAUCACUGACAGGGGAAGAUCCCGCACAGUACAAAGAACACCACUGGCUGAAGAGGAAAUAUUCUCCAUAUGAAGAGCUGUGGAAUAAGGCUUUGACCUGGAGAUCACCUUGACACUCUCAUCAUUGAACAAGAAGCAAGUCAUUGCAAGCAUUUCCUUCUUUCCUUGAAGAGAAAAAUGAGCUGGGCAUUCCUACGUGAUCUGCUGAGCGGAGUGAAUAAAUACUCAACAGGAAUUGGAAGAAUUUGGGUAGCUGUUGUGUUCAUGUUCCGCUUACUGGUUUAUGUUGCUGCCGCAGAAAACAUCUGGAAACAUGAACAUGAUGAAUUUGAGUGCAAUAUCAAGCAGCCUGGUUGUGAAAAUGUCUGCUUUGACCAUUUCUUCCCUGUCUCCCAGAUCAGACUUUGGGCUUUGCAAUUAAUCAUGGUCUCCACCCCUUCACUCUUGGUUGUCUUUCAUGUUGCUUACAGAGAGAACAGAGAGAAACACCACAACCAGAAACUUUACAGAAAUCCAGGAAAGAUAGAUGGUGGAUUGCUGUGCACUUACCUAAUCAGCCUCAUUUUAAAAACAGGACUUGAAAUAGUUUUUCUUGUUCUGUUUUAUAAGUUGUACAAUGGAUUCAAAAUACCACGUCUUGUGAAAUGUGACAUAAAACCAUGUCCCAAUACUGUAGACUGUUAUAUUUCCAAGCCCACAGAGAAGAUGAUUUUCCUCUAUUUUCUGGUGGCAACUUCAUGCUUGUGCAUAGUGUUAAAUCUAAGUGAACUGAGUUAUCUGAUUUUCAAAUACUCCAUAAAAUGUUACCUGAAGAGACAGAUGAAGAAACAGCAAGGCUCAAAAUGCGAUUGCUGCGAAUCAGAACUCAUCAGGUACAACAGAGCAGCAGUUGCAGGACUAUGCCACAACAGCUCAUCAUCUUUGCCUCUGAAUAUGCAAGAUGAACAUGAAAAACAUUCCCCGCUGACUUGAAAGAAGGCUGGAGACCACUCUCCCAUUACACAAGCUGUUUUUGACAAAUUGCUUUUCCAAUCAGUGCUUUGCAGAACUGCAAGGAUAGUUACAUACGAAAUGCUGUUUCUCUAUUAGUUCCCCAUUAAUUGAGCUGAUACAAUCGGUUACAUUAUGUAUGUCCUAUGCAGAAUCAUCAAGACCUUUUCAUGUUGAAACAAGAGAUGUAGAAGUCUUGAGAAUUCCAUGAAGCUUUAAUAUAAACACAGAUGUUUAUGAUAAAUCAUGCAGAAACAAUUGCUCAAACAGUUGUGUACUGAGUAUUACACAGAAUUGCUUUGGUACAAGCAAAAAGAGGCUUUUUAUAUGCAGAGAUAAGAACCUGGGAUUGAUUAAGGCGAACAGCAAGGGGGUGUACAGCAUUUGUCAGGUGGGUGGAUCAGAUCUGGUAACUGCUGAAAUGGUAAUGGGAAAGUGCUGGCAUAGAGUGCUGGUGCCUUGAAGUGAGCUGGAUAGUCAUGAGUCCAUUCCACUGGAGUACCAUAAAACAUCUCAUAAAAGGAAAAAAGAGGACACAUCUACUUUAGCCCAUGUGAUAAAGACAGAUUUGGUUAUUUAGCUGUUUGUGGAGCACCUCCUUCUGGAAUUAUUUGAGCCCUUACAGUUGUUAGAGUAUUAAUCAUCAAAACGCAUCCUUUAAGAAAGGCACUUGCUCAAACUUGUGCAAGCAGCAUGUACCAGGGUAUAGAGUUAACUCCUUGUCACCUGCACCAAGCAGCUCCCAUGUCAUUAGACUUGUCUUCUGCUCUGUGGUAGUGGCACUUAAGUGCGUUUAAUUAACAGAUCAUUCCCACUUCCCUAGGAUCUGAGUAGAGGAAUGCAGACUGCAUAAUAUGACGGAACAGUAGCCAGUAGUCCCUAGUAUUAAAUAGCCUAGAAUCUGGUCCCUAUAGUAAAGGCUGAAAAUAUGCUACUCCUUCAAUAGAUUUCUCUGCUGUAGAUGAACACAGGAAAUCUAAAAAUAUGAGGAGCCUCCAGUAGAAACAAAGUAAAAAGGAAUCAUCUAUUCCUUCCUCCUGAAUUUCAAAUUGUGUCUUAAACACAACACACCUCUGCUCUUUGUUAUGUUGUCUGGGCUAACAUGAAAGGGACAGAAAUUAGCUAAGACAUGUAUUCUGUUGAACCUAGGCUUCUAAGAUAAUGGAAGUAGUGCGUUAAAAAACCCCUUAGGGUAGUGUUCUCCUUCUGUUGCUGGAAUGAAAGACCUUUGGACAUACAUCUGGUACUGAGCCUUAUCAAAAUGCACUAUUUAGAGAAAUACAACUAAAGUGGAGCUGCCUGAAUGCUGAACUAAUUUUAUUGUUCAUGCCAGGAUAAGGAGGAAGAAACAGUAGCAAAAGCAGGUUAACUAUUUUUUUUCACUCAGGCCCCCUCCGGCCCCUCAGCUUUGAUUACAAAGCAUUACCUUUAUGAGCAGCAGGUACAGAGCGAACUUUAGCAACUAAUGAACAAGCUGUGAACUUUGAUGGUGGUUUUCAAGGUGGGGUUUGUUGUUUGGGGGGUUUUUUUCCCCCUAAAAUAACCCUACUUUUAUAAAAUAUGGAAAGACAUUUGCUGCUGCUGAAUUUAGCAGCAACAGCAGUCCCUCAGAUACCAGCUUGCGGCCAGUUAGUUUUAAAUCUUGAGUGAUGCCGAGUCAGUGCUUUAUAUAUAGAGACAAGGCGCUUUAUACAAGUCAGAACAUUUUCUGUUAAACCUCUACAUACACAGAAUGUGGCUCAUGACAGGAAUGCAGUUUGAAAGUCUUUUGCAGCUACUGGACAAAACCCACCAAAGGGUGCAUGAAGCAAAACCACUGCCCAUGAACCCUGUGAAACUGUGACUGCCACAGCUUAAGUAACUGAGAACAAACCCCAAAAUUAUCUUGGCCCGUCUGGACCUUCAUGCAUCAUUUUAUUAAAACGAGGGCGACACAGUCAAAGAAAAAAAAUGCUUCUGAAAUAUCUGGGGUUUAAUAACUGAGGACAGAUUUUUUAAGAGCACAUAAAUGAAAAAAUAUUUAUUCAUUGUUUUUAAAGUAAGGUUUAUUUGAGAGAAAAUGAAGAGAAGCAAACACAGUUUAGCCAACACAGGUUUCUGAUAAAACUAGUGCAUUAGCUGCUCUCUAAUAAAAAAGUAUAUUAAGUCAGAGCUUGAAGGGUUUUAGAGCACCCCCUAAAGCUCUGUGGCUGGUCAGAGAUUACCACUUAGACCAAAAAUUUUCCCAUCAAACAAGAACUCUAAUUCUUUGGAAUGUAUAUUCAGAGUUUUAUUUUUAAUUCUAUCUUCCAACAGCCAAGAAAUGAUAAA